AUGGGUUCAUCUUCAGAAUUCCCAGAAUCUUUUGUCCGACCAUGGAAAGAGCUCCUCCAGUCGCGACGUGAUGAGCAAGAGGAUGAUUUCCCAAGCUACUAUGUCAACAACAUCGAUUCUCUCAUCACCACCAGCUCGCCCAAGUCCCUAUACGUAGGAACAGGCCAUUCGAUAUACACGCGAGCUCUUCUCCCUGCAAUACUGAGCGCCAAACAUUCUGUCCAGCUCAUCACUUGCUACUGGGCUGCUUCGCCCUCCCUUGACGCCAUUCGCGAUACCCUUGACCAGCUUGCUACGGCGCGUAUCGAGGCCAAUGUCCAGACACGUCUACAAAUGACGAUUGGGUUCUCGUCGUUUGGCUUAUUUCAGAAAUUGUUUCAUCCGGCUUCUCGAGAUGGCUAUGUCUACGACCCGUCUAAAUGGUCGAAGCUGGGACUUCCCGAUCAACAAUUUCUGCAAAAUGCUCGCAUUGAUCUCACUGUGAAGAGUAUCUUUUUCACGCCCCUGAGUGUCAUGCAUCCCAAGUUUGUGAUUGUCGAUGGGAAGAGGGCUUGGGUACCAAGCUGUAACGUUAGCUGGGAGCGAUGGUUCGAAGGAUGUGUGGAAGUCGAGGGCGCAAUCGUGGAUCGUCUUCUGGCCUUUUAUGAUCGUGUUUGGGGCCAAGGUGAUGAGCCUCGGGGGACGCCCGACUACAAGGAUGAUGCACAAUCUCGACUUCAGGCCAGUGGGGAGGCGUCGGCGACACAACAAAUCGAGUUCCCUGCCAAUGGUCCUGUUCCAACCAUCUUCCUCCCUUCGCCGCAUCAUCGCAACCCCAAAUUCUCCCUCUUCCCCUUCCUCGCGCAAACAGAUCCGCCCAUAACGCCUCUCAAUGCAGCGCUUCUCACCCUGUUCACCAACGCGCAGCGAAAGAUCACCAUUCUUACUCCCAACGUUACCUCGUGGCCGGUUGUCGAGAGUCUCUUAGAUGCGCUCGCGCGUGGUGUCGACGUUCAAAUCCGAACAAGCAAAGGCAUGAUGCUUAUUGAGCAGCUGGUCACAGCGGGUACGACCACAUCUUGGUGUUUGCGCAAGUUUAUCCAGCGAUACAAUGACCUCGUCAACCAGCCAAGAAGCUCAGAUCCAGAGAGCCAGGCCCCUGCACCUGGCAAAUUGGAGAUCUUUUACUACAGACAGCUCGACGCCAGACGUGAUGAAGACGACGAACCUGUUAUGACGAGUAUCUGA